AUGACAGCUCAUAUCUUUGGAGGAGUAUGGAGCCCAAGCUGUGCAAAUUAUGCCUUUCAAAAGGUAGUUGAGGAGUAUCGCAACAUUUAUUCAGAAGAAGUGGACGACUGCCUGAAGUCUGCAAAUAGUGUUGAGUCUGCUAUAGUUUUGACAAAGCAAGUUAAAGAGCUGAAUAGAAGGGGAUUUCAUCUUACUAAAUAUAUUUCUUCAUCACCAGAACUGCUGAAGCAUAUACCAAAGGAGGACAGAGGAAAAUCUUUGAUAUCUCUGCAGUUGAAUUUGGAGGAUCAAUCCACGGAGAGAGCUCUAGGUAUGCUGUGGCAUAUUAAUACUGAUUAUUUAGGAUUUGAUGUACAAGUGAUGCAUAACAGAACCAAAACUAAAAGGAAUGAGCUCAGUACACUUAGCACUGUGUUUGACCCUCUAGGAUAUGUCAGUCCAUCCAUAUUACAAACUAGGAGAAUAUUUCAGCAAUUGUGCAGACUACAAAAAGGCUGGGGUGAACCACUUCCCAUGGAACUGGAGGAAAAAUGGUGGUUAGCUGAUUUGCCAGAGAUUAAAAGGUUGAAGGUUCCCAGGUGCUUAAAUCCAACAGAUUUAACUAUAAAGAAGGCACAACAUAAUUUUUCAGAUACAUCAAGUUCUACCAUCCCAAGACUAGAACUAGCUGGAGCUCCAGAAGCUGUAAGGCUGGACAAAAUUCUAACUAAAGAAUAUGAGACACCUCUAGAAAUAUCAGUAUACUGGGUGGAUAGUCAUAUGCAUCUUGAUAUUUCAACCAAGAAUCCUAAUCGCAUUAUCAGCCUGAAACACCAUCCCACACCUGGGGCCAUGGUUUCCCUGAUCGGAGGUUCAGUGGUUAUCAUGCCCUUCCCAAGGAAGAUCCAACGGCGUAGGAUUUAG